AUGGCCGCUGAGCAUCCAAUGCCCUCUGCCCUUAUUUUCGGCGGUCUCAACACUUGUUCUCGUGCUCUCGCUGCUUUCCUCGUACCCCUCGACGGCGAGGCCAAAGUAUCCUUCCUCCGCAUCGUAGACAAGUACUCCGUCCAUCCCGCAACUACCUAUAUCGGCCCAGAAUUCACAAAGGUCCUUGCAAACCCAAAUGUAGAGUACCGCCAAGCCAAUCUCACCGUUCCAGCUGCAAUCCAAUCCGCCUUCGACCCUCCCGCAGGAAAGCCCGCCUUUGACUAUGUUUUCGAUUUCACCGGUGAAGUAAGAAACGACCGCAGCGAAUUGAUUCAGAUCAGCAACACUUUUGGUAUCGCACGCCUCUUGGGUUUGGAGGCCGCAAACCGUAAAGUCAAAGCUUACGUCAGGAUUCAACAGCCCUUCUACGAGACUUCCGCAAAGGCUCCCGCUGCGGAGAGCGAGGAUGUAAAGCCUGUUGAAGCCAUGGGUAUCUGGUGGCACGAAUCUCUCCGCAUGCUUGCAUCCAUCCCCGAUCUCAAUCUUGUUGUUCUGCGAAUUGGCUUUGUCUAUGGACCUUAUACCAACUUUGGAACCAUCAUCAGCGCCAUGACCGUCGCUUCUGUUUAUGGUUAUCUCGACAAGCCCAUGAAAUCCAUGUGGUCUCCCGGCAAAAACCCAACCAACACCGUUCACAUUGACGAUGUAGCCGGUGGUGCCUGGGCUUGUGCUGUUUGGAUGGCAACCAAAGGUCGCAGCGCUGCUGAUCAAGAAGCUGGCGUCAAAAUUCCUUUCCACAAUGACAAGGGCAAAGUCAAGGAGGUUCAGGGUAUGACUCCCCCUGAACAAACUCCCAUCGCCCCAUUGUUCAACUUGGUCGAUGAUUCAAAAAGUACUCUUGUCAGUACCGGGAAGACUAUCUCGUCCUUCUUUGGAACCACGUUUGAAUUUUUCAACAUCGUGGAAAGUACCGUUUUCAAGCUCAUGGAUGACCUGGAAGAUAUCAAUGAACAUCAUGUGGAAGGAUGGACAGAGAUGCUAACCGAAUCCGUCCCGCCUAUCACGAACACGCCCCUGUCAGCAUACAUGGACAAAUAUACCUUGGAUAAACAUACCGUCUCUUUCGAUAAUACCAAAAUUAAGCAAGUCCUCGGAUACCAAUUACUACGACCGGAAUUCAAUCACGAUAACAUCAAAGAAGUGGUCGACAAAUGGAAGGCUGAGGGCUGCUGGCCCAAUGCCUCCAAAUCGCCCAACGCUUAA